CAUAAGAUUGCCAGUCUAACAACACAGACUGACGAUUUAUCGCCAUAUAUAAAGAGGAAGCCAGAAGUCGGACUUUGUUGUGGGUUGUUUAAGGAGGUAUCUCUGAUCUUUACUUGUCUUGACUCAUCAAAAUGGCGGUGAAUCAGCAACGAAAGCGAGCCAUGAAAAGGCUGAUGCAGGACUACGAGGAAUUACAGAAAGAGCCGGUGGAAAACGUGUCCGCCAUGCCACUGGACGCGAACGUGUUCGAAUGGCACUGUAACUUCAAACACGACGAUAUUAUUUACCACCUCCUGCUCUUCUUCACGGAGAAGUACCCGUAUGAGUCGCCCAGCGCGGAGUUUGUUCCUGUCGGCUUCCAGUAUAACAGUGGCGCCACCAUGGCGGGAAAAGUGGGCACAAAGGUCUGUCUGAACAUUUUCUCGGACUUUGCGUACAUCCAUACUGAGUGGAAGGACCAGAAGUCCGUGGGCUGGUCCCCGGGAUACACAGUGCAGACCAUUCUUCUGAACGUUGUGGCAUUUCUCGCAGAAACACAGUCUGGAGACUCGGCGUGGAUGAAAAGCGCCUCGGAUCACAACCGGAAGCUAUCUAAGGGAUACAAAUGCGACUGUGGUCAUACGUAUGCAAAACCCCUUCCAGCAUUUGAUGUUGGUAAACCAGAAAAAGCCGAGGGAAAGAAGAAGAAAGGCAAGCAAGCAAAAGUGGCAGCUAGCGAUGAAACUUCGCCUGAAAUUAUAGACUAUGCAUCAAAAGAGCGCUUCGACAAGGCAGCAAAACCGAAGACAAAGGACGAGUUGUUUGGGUAUGGGUUGAUUGUGUCCGGUCCAUCACAUCGCCCAGCAUUAACCACUCCCUGCGAGUUCAUCAAGCUGGAAUCCUAUGAAGCUAUGAAGAAAGCCAUUGGCACUGUCAAGAGUGUCAUGAAAGAGGACAUCAAAUUUUUCCUCCCGAUGUACAUCACUCCCAAUCACGGCGCAAUGAUCAAAGAGACAUUCGAGAACUGUUUGAACGAGGUUGCGGCCAUUUUGCCAAAAUGCAAACCGAACAAAACACCGAUUCCGGAACUUGUCAUAAAGGUCAUCCCCAAUCUGAUGAGCGCCACUGUCGUGGAGUUCUCUAAAGGGACACAACACACUAGCGACAAUAGCCUUAACGGAUACUUCUCCUUACAUCGACUUUUACUGUGGGCGUUAGACAUUUACCCGGAAUUACAAGGCGAGAUAGACAAUAGACUUAAGAAAUUCAUUGAUGAUGUCGGUGAGAGGAGCAAAAAGGCGUGUCCCCACAUCGGAGAAUGGCUGAUGUUGCUGGCGGCUUCUUUCAAAUAUACAUGGCAGGACGCUGCCUGGGCUUAUUUGUCUGAAAGUUUCAAAAGGAACGUCAUGUGGUAUGUGAAAGAAGACGCCAAACUGGGCAUGCUCGAUACCGACAAGGACUACCGCAUCCGGGAAACUUUGCAAAGAACGUUGGUUAGCCGGAAGUUGUUAGCUUUCCAGGUGCUCUUUCUAGACAUUGCAAUGCCAAAGGGCAAGUCUAGAGCAGACCUUGUCAAACGGUACGAUGCUAAUCUUGGCUUUCCAACAGAGGAGAUGGUGAAACAAAUGAAAGAGUCAAUACAACUCAUAAAAAACAUGGAAACAUACUCCGAUUGGUUCAAGGUCCUGAAGAUCAAGCCCCUCAGGGAUGACGAGGUGUUUGACAAGUUGGUGUCCGCCGUCAAGUACGCCAUUGAUACAAACGGCUACCACUGGUCCUUCUGGAAGACCGGGGGAGGGUGGGGCGAGGUCCUGAGGCGCUACAAACCCUACACAAAGAAGGAAGAUAAAGACAGCGGUAAAAGAAAAAGCGAGGAUACGGAGGAUGGACCUAGUGCCAAGAAAAAACCCGCCCUCAAAAAGGAGGUGUCAAAGCCCAAGGGGCGGGGCCGAGGAGGUAAACAGCCCGCAGCCAAGCCCGCGGGUAGAGGGGCCAAAAAGGGGAAGGAUGAGCCUGCAGAGGCGCCCGCGGGGAGAGGCCGUGGACGGGGCCAGAAACGAAAAGCGGAAGAGGCCGCACCCGUGGGGCGGGGGAGGGGAGGGAAGAAAAAGAAGUGAUAGAGUGAUUUAUAUUCAUAUCUCUCGAAUAUGAAAGAUUGAUUUAAUAGUUUGUGUUAUUUGUUAUUUUUGUUUAGCAGUGUGCAAUUUUAGAUAACUUUUUUUGAGCAUCAUACUUGCACUUUUGGUGUAUGUAAUUUUUAUACAUGACCAUAAAACUUAUAAUAUAUUUGUACAUAUAUAGAUUAUGUACAUGUAGAGCAUUCGUAUUUUGUUUAUCAAAUGAACCUGGAUUUUUAAAUAGAUUGAAGACAUGUUUAAUGUUUUACAAUUGAUGGAAAAAU